CAUCAUCAUCAUCAUCUCGUCCCGCCCCGGGGCUCUCGCGAGGCGACAAGGGAUGGCGCGGGCGGGCGGUGCGAAUUUGCCCUGGGUGGAGAAGUACCGGCCGCAGGCCCUGUCGGAGCUGGUGUCGCACCGGGAUAUCCUCAGCACUGUGCAGCGGUUUAUCAGCGAGGAUCGGCUCCCGCAUCUCCUUCUCUAUGGACCUCCUGGGACCGGUAAGACCUCGACCAUCCUCGCCUGUGCCAGGCAGCUCUACCAGGAGCGGGAGUUUGGCUCCAUGGUGCUGGAGCUCAACGCCUCCGAUGACCGAGGUAUCGACAUCGUCCGAGGGCCCAUCCUGAGCUUCGCCAGCACCAGGACCAUCUUCAAGAAGGGCUUCAAGCUUGUCAUCCUGGAUGAAGCUGAUGCCAUGACCCAGGAUGCACAGAACGCCCUAAGGCGAGUGAUUGAGAAGUUCACAGAAAACACCCGCUUUUGCCUCAUCUGCAACUACCUCUCCAAGAUCAUUCCCGCCUUGCAGUCCCGCUGCACGCGCUUCCGCUUCGGGCCCCUCACCCCGGAGCUGAUGGUGCCCCGGCUGCAGCACGUCAUACAGGAGGAGGGGGUGGAUGUAACGGAGGAUGGGAUGAAGGCUCUGGUGACUCUCUCGAGCGGUGACAUGCGCAGAGCCCUCAAUAUCUUGCAGAGCACCAACAUGGCCUUCGGGAAGGUGACAGAAGAGAAUGUCUACACCUGCACGGGACACCCCCUCAAGUCUGAUAUUGCCAACAUCCUCGACUGGAUGCUGAACCAGGACUUUUCCACCGCCUAUCGCAAAAUCAUGGAGCUGAAGACGCUGAAGGGCUUGGCACUACAGGACAUCCUCACCGAGAUCCACCUCUUUGUGCACAGAGGUAGGGGCUUGCGGGGCCGGCUCCUGGCUGAGCCAGGGAGGGCCAACCAUCCCUCACAAGCCCAUGACAAUGCAUGCCAUCUCCUCUCCGCAGUCGAUUUCCCACCCUCAAUCCGCAUCCAGCUGCUGAUCAAAAUGGCAGACAUCGAGUACCGUCUGGCUGCUGGGACCAGUGAAAAGAUUCAGCUGAGCUCCCUCAUCGCAGCUUUCCAAGUCACCAGGGACCUGAUCGUAGCCGAAGCCUGAGUCCUGCUGGGUGGAUCGUUGCUUAGGUUGCUGGAUCUCUCAGAAGCUGCUCCCUGCACCCUCUCGUUCACUUUUAGCAAGCCUUAAGCCCACAGCUGAGGUGCACGAGUCAGGCAGAGUAAUUUCUAAGCUUCCUGAGGAAAUAAAGAUGCCUCUAA